CAGUGCUCUUCAAACACAUCAAAUUACUGAAACCAGUCAUAAGUUAUGUGUGUUAUUUAUGUUGCCAAGGAACCGACUGAGACUGAACGUUCUUUUCUCAGUUGCCCAGCAUUGGACACCAAACAGUAACUGAAACAGCUGCCAUCGACCCGCCCGUCUGCUUCCCGAAUCACAGCGAAACCAAACGAUGGAGGAGGGAAUAUUUCAGGUCAUCUGCCUCCUGUCGGUUGCUUUUGGCUUAGGCACUGGAUUUCUGCUGAGGUUUAUGAUAUAUUUAAGGGAAGAACAAGUAAAAUGGAUCCGAGUGCCAGGGGAUAUGCUUAUCAGCGUGCUUCAGAUGUUUGCUGUACCCCUCAUUGUGACAAGUGUGCUUGCAGGAGUAACUGGAUUAAACACCAAAAUGUCCAGAAAAACAGCCAUAUUCACAGGAACCUUUAUCUCUGGCACUACUAUUGUGGCCAUAAUUCUUGGACUGUUUCUGGUGCUCACAAUCCAGCCUGGUGCGGGAGAACAAAGUUUCCAGGAGAACAUUAAGGAAAUGCCACCCUUCUCCAUUCAUGUGAUCCUCAUGGAUCUUUUAAGGAACAUGGUUCCUGAGAGCUUCGUUCAGGCUUUCUAUGAGAAGUAUAAGACUGAGAUUAUUUACAUUAAAAAAGACCUUCCUGAAGGCACUUCUGGCACUUCUUUUCUACUAUUAAACGACAGUCACAUUAAACUGGUGGGCACUUAUGUUGAUGGACCCAACAUGCUAGGACUGAUCAUCUGGUCUUUCACCUUCGGCAUCUUGAUAAACAGGGUGGGACAGGUGGCAACAAGCACUGUGAAGGCCAUUCAAAGCCUCAAUGAUGCAAUAAAAAUCAUAUUUAACUGGAUUAUGUGGUACUUGCCAAUCGGAGUUUUUUUCCUGAUCAUAGAAAACGUGUUGGAUGUUGAGGACUGGGGCGCUGUCAUUAAACUCGCAAAACUUUCAGCUGUGAUUUGUCUGGGGCUAGUAAUCCAUUCCUUCAUUAUUCUUCCCCUGAUCUUCUUCGUGUUUGUCAGAAAGAAUCCCUUUGUCAUCCUAAAGAGUACCACUAAGGCUUGGAUGACUGGAUUUAUCAUUGCGUCCAGCACUGCCAGUAUGCCUGUCAUCCUCCAAUGCUGUGAAAAUAACCUAUUGGUCAAUGGGAAACUCUGCCGCCUCAUGUUGCCCAUUCUCACCAGCAUUAAUAUGAAUGGGACCGCGAUCUACGAAGUGAUCGCUGCUGUCUUUAUUGCCCAGAUGAAUGACAUCACGCUGGAUGCUGGCCAGAUAAUUGCUGUUGGCUUGACUACUUCCAUUGUCACAUUUGGAGCUGCAGGAAUCCCAGCAACAGGAGCAGUGACCACUAUCCUGAUUCUGACAGCUGUGGGACUGCCUGCCAGAGACGCUGCCAUGCUGGUCGUAGUGGAAUGGGUUCUAGACCAUAUCCUCACCGGGGUGAAUAUAAUUGGAGACUGCUUUGGUGUUGUUAUCAUCAAUUUUCUGUGCCAUGACGAGCUGGAAGACCUGGACAAACCAGCAAGCAUUGACAGGGUUCGUCUCACCAGUGAGCUCGAGUUGGACUUAACCUGUUUGGAGGCCGAUCUACAGCUCAACCCGUCUCGCGCCGCCUCCCCUGCAGGAUCCCUUUCACCGAAGUGAAGGAUCAUCUCAGCACCACAUUAACUCUGAUAUAUCAAAACCUCAGGAUAGGGAUGUCACCAUCCUGGAGUGUCUGAGCUGAUCAUUUCCUUGUUUGUGUAUAAUAAUUUAUAUAAAAUAUUUUUAUAUAUUUAUAAAAUUGUGCCUUAUCAGUUUAUUGAUCUGUAUUUAGUUUCUAUUUUAUUUCUGUUUUUUGCGAUUUGUAAGUGAUCUCUAUUCCAAAUUUAUUGCUCUUUAAGUUGUUAAUUGUUAUGUGUUUGAAGAUAAUUCACCUUUGCUGUUGUAGAUUUUGUAUUUUUGCUUUUGAGUGUUUACUAUGUAUUGUCUUUUCUGAUUUUCUGAAUUUGUUCUUUGUACUUGUAGAAUACAAGUAGGAUGGAAAUAUUUCUCCACAGUUCCUCAUCUUCUGUAAUUGGUUUUCUCCCACUUCUGAAUCCUCACUGUUUUAUUACCAAUAAUUGGUUUUGACCUGUUACUUUAUUUGGUUAUACAGAUAAUUUAAUGGUGUGUCUGUAGUAGUUGAAUGCUCAUCUUUCUGUUUUUAACCUCUGUAACUUUGCAUUUGACUUGAGUGUAUGACCAGUUCUCAAUAUACAA